CUGGUGCUCAUGGCGCGCGCGUCUGCGACGGCGAGACUGUCCCUGACGCUCGGCCUGGCGGCCGUGACGGCGGCGGCCCUGCCCCGCAAGCUGUGGCAGCCGCAGCUCAAGCGCCUGGGCACGCUCGGCCUCAUCAUCUUUGCACGCUCCACCAGACACCUUGGAGCGAAUGGCGUGCCGCCGGUGCUCCAGACGCGCGGCGUACCUCCAGCAGCGGAGGGUCUGCCGUCUACGCUUAGCACGACGGGCGGCUACGGCUACGUGCUGUUCCACUUCUGGUUCAUAACCAUCACGCGGCGUUCCAUGUCCCUGGCGAUCGCUGCCAGCUGCCUGACCUUCGUGGCGCUGCAGAGCGCAAGCCUGAGCUUGACGACAACGCCGGCUGAGGAGAUGGCGGUGGGCCUAAGGCUGGCGCUGGCUCCGCUGCGGCUGCUGCGGCUGCCGGUGGACGAGAUCGCACUGACGCUGCUGCUGUCCCUGCGCUUCAUGGCGCUGGUCACUGAGGAGAUGCGCAACCUCAGCCUCGGCCUGGCCGCGCGCGCCGUGCCCUGGCGCCGCCUGCCCCCCGGCGGCGGCGUGCAGGUGCUGCUGCGCUUGGGUGGGCGGCUGUUCUCUAAUCUCAUGCAGCGGAGUGAAAACAUCGCCCUUGCAAUGCAAGCCAGGGAUUUUGCGGGGCCGGAGGGGCACCAUGUGCAUCUGUCUGCAAAGGAGCAUGUCCCCCUUGUGCCCAACAUUUUGGCCGUGCUGUUGCUCUCAGCCCUUCUUGUCGGAGCACAGCAGUUCCAGCUUUUUGCAUGAGGCACAGAGGUCUGCAGGGGGGUCCCAGAAUAGUGUGAUAAUUAAUCAUUUGUUUUCGACAGCAAUUGGAGAGAUAUCUUGGCUGUACACAUGUGUGGCUUUACGUGACUCAAUCUCAGUCAGUUGACAAUGGUGUAACAGUGAGCGGCUGUGUGCCCCGU